AGCUCGUGCCACAGUGCAAAGACUGAGGACUUUUGGACGGCAGAAACGAAUUACGACCUAAGUUACCGCCGACAUUGUUACAUACACUGCAUACUGCUGCAAGCCUCCGGCGCCAUGGCCGACGCUCGGGCUCUCCUCAAAGCCAAGCGACAGGAGGUCCGGAUAACUCAUCCGCUCGCGACGUACAACUCCGCGGGGCAGCUGCGCUGUACGGUUUGCGGGACCGCCGUGAAGCACGCCUCCGCUUGGGAAGGCCACCUCGGGAGCAAGGCGCACCGCACGAAUGUGCUCCGACUGAAAGAGGAAGAGCGGAAGAGAGAAGAGGAGAGGGCGAGGGAGGAGGCGCGGUUGAGGGCCGAGCAGGCAAGAGGGAAGCGGAAAGCGGACGAUGAAACGGCUGGUGCUGGUGGAAAGAAAGCUAAGCUCGUCGACGCUGCAUCAGAUGAUGAAGGCGAAGACGACGAAUCUGGAUCCGCAUACGCUGGCAUACCAGGACAAAGUGGCGGUUUCCCUGCGGACUUCUUCUCCGAUCCAUCACGCGCACCACCACCCAAAUCCCUAUCUGACGACGAAGACGAAGACGCGGACGCGGCACAACAAAAGCCAGACGUUACUGGGGAACAGAAGAAAGGGCCAGUGGACGAGGAAUGGGAAGAAUUCCAAAAGUUCGUGCUCGCCCCCGACAAGAAGGAGGUAUCGCACGAGGCGUUCCAGCAGGCGACGAUCGUCGCCGAGCCGGUGCUGAAUGUCGUGGACGCCGGCAUGCCGACGCAGGGCGAGGACGAGGCGCAGGUGGUCGAGGAGGAAGAGGACGAGGAGACGAAAUGGAAGCGAAAGGAGCAGGAGGAGAGGGAAUUGAUCAUGGACCGUUUGAUGGAGGAGGAGCAAGCGCAGGAGGAGGCUGACAUGCGCGCACAAAGCCUGAAGGACAGGUUAGCUGCGUUAAAGAAGAAACGCGAAGCCGCGCGAGCAGCGAAAGCCCAUACGAAGACGUGAGCGGCUGCAACUAAACCCAACGCCGCCUUUGGAGAGGACAUUCUAUCCGUACGCCUUGUCCAGUAUAGGUGCCAGUCAGGUAUCAAGGCUGGCGGUUGAUGCCACGGCCCUCUCUGGCACAAACCGUCGAAUGUCCCAGAUUCUACUUAGCCUCCGGUCGUUGCGAACUGCCGCUCGGACCGGAAAAGAGGUCAACAAGCAUGCGCUAUCAACUGCGUCAACGGUCGUGCGGCACUUUAUGAAGAGCUCGUUGGUGACAGCUAUAGACGGGCGUCUAGCGGGCAGGUUUCGGGAGUACUUGCCGUUACUCCUUUGAAUGUCAUACUGUUACAGAGCUGCAUGGUGUCUGAUCCUGGCGCAGCAAAC